UGGACGUCGAGUUCGUCUGUGCCAAACGAAGAAGAAAAAGAUGGCGCGAUGGUGGAUGUAAACAAAGAUGUUUUAUCGUUUUAGGAUGUUUUUAUGGUGAUUUUUUAACCCCUGGUGUGAAAAUGAAAAGAGAGGAAGAAGAGGAAGAAGCAGCUUCAUUGAACCGGAUUUAGAUUCUCCUCUGAUACCUGGUCUGACCUGACCCGUACUUGUCUGUCUCGGUCAUCGCGGGCGUGAUGGCGGGUCGAGGACGGGGGCGGGGCCGCAGGCUGAUGAGUUUCAGCGUCGAGGCUGUAGGCAUCAACAGAGGAGACAGUUUACCUCCAUCCAUCCAACAGCCCACGCCCAUCUAUCCUGUGAUGGAGCAGAAGCCCCUCCCCCUGAUAGGUGGCGAGGAGGCGGAGUAUCUGUUAGCUCUAAAACAAGAGUUCAGAGGAGCCAUGAAGACUCUGCCCAGCUUCAUCCAACCCACUGCCGCUCUCAGAGACGUGGAGAGAUACUCGGAUAAAUACCACAACAACGAGCAGAACGACGCCAUGAUGGACUGGAAUCCAGACUGGAGGAGGUUUCCUAAAGAACUACGAGUCAGGAGAGCUGCUGCAGAGCGUGCCUCGGCCAGCCGUUCAGACAGAGCUCAGCCGUCUCAGAAGAAGAAACGAGUGAAGGAGAAAGAGGAAGUUCUGCUCAAACUGGAGAGCCUGGAGAAGAAGGAGGAGAGGGGCAGCUCUGGAGAGGAGGAGGAGGAGGAGGAGGAGGGUGAGGAGAAGAAGAAGAAACAGGAGGAGGAGGAGGCAGAGGGGGAGGAGGGGUACGAUGAAGAGGAGUUUGAGGAGGAGACAGACUACGUCAUGUCCUACUUUGACAACGGCGAGGAUUUUGGAGGAGACAGCGAUGACAACAUGGACGAGGCAAUUUACUGAACCAGCAGCUCCUGAUUUUAUGGUUUUAAUCCAUUUUUACUGUGAGUGAACGGAGGAUCCGUCCAUCAGCUGUUUAACAGAAAAAAAAGACUUUUUAUUGUUUAAAAGAGAAAACGUUCCACUGUAUGUUAAAAUGUUUUUAAGCUUUUGUAUUCAUGUUUUAUUGUUUAUAUGGAGAAAAAGAAAAUAAGUGUUGGAUAAUAAAAAUCUUCACCAUCA